AUGGAAGUGGCGGUAGGUGGUAGCCGGGAGAUGGUAGCGGUAGCGGUGGCGAUAGCAAUGGUAGUACCAUCGAUGGUAGAGGUAGCGGUGGCGUCGAAGGAGAUGGUAGCGGUAGCGGUAGAUGAAGCUGCAUCUGGGGCUACGAGGAACUUAUCCAAGUCAAACCUUUCAGAGAAAACCUAUCUCUGCCCCAACCUCACAAGCAUCACAUUUAUAAACAUCAAUGAAAACAGGGAGUUCGAGAAAGCUAAGGUCAGAGUCCUCGCUCAUCACACAGCUGAUCCGGAGAGACAAAAGACAUCCUCUAGGGCCAGUUUUAGGCUUUUUACGCCUACCAAAUUCUUCCACGAGUCUUGCAGUAAUAUAACUAUGCUUAGAAUAACCAACUUCGGGGUACCACUUGGCCCGGGAGGCCGAUUAAGGUCUGCCCAAACAGUUCCUUCGUUCCUUCUACGAGUCUCUUCUCUCAGUGUGACUCCAAGUGUAAGCAAUGGCUCCCGUAAAGGAAAAGUUCAAAAGGAGGAGGUCCACGUUUCCCUGGGACCUCAAGUCAGGGAGGGAGAGAAUGUGUUUGCAGUCUGCCACAUCUAUGCCAGCUACAAUGACACCUUCGUGCACGUGACUGAUCUGUCUGGCCGUGAAACCAUCGUCCGUAUCACUGGUGGUCAGAAGGUGAAGGCUGAUCGUGACGAGUCCUCCCCCUACGCUGCUAUGUUGGCUGCCCAAGACGUUUCUGAGAAGUGCAAGUCACUGGGAAUCAAUGCUCUGCAUGUAAAGAUCCGAGCCACUGGAGGCAACAAGACCAAGACUCCAGGCCCAGGUGGCCAGUCAGCCCUCCGUGCCCUUGCCCGUUCUGGGAUGAAGAUUGGGCGCAUUGAAGAUGUUACCCCAGUUCCCUCUGACAGCACACGCAGGAAGGGUGGUCGCCGUGGUAGGCGUCUGUAAUUGGUCAGCUGUAAUAAAUAUUAUAGUUUAA